AUGCUCGCCGAUGGCUGGUUAAUGCUAGGCAAGACUUUUUGGUUUUUCAUUCAAGGACUAAUGCUAACAACUGGGGAUGGAUUCGUCUAUGCAGUUUACCCAUGCACUAGUAAUCCAUGUACAAAUGGAGGAUCCUGUGUCGAAAAGGCUGAUAAUAGUUACCUCUGCGAGUGUCACGGAGCCUACACCGGAGAAAAUUGUGAAAAAGCUUGCAACGAUCCGCUGGGCAUGGAGGCCUACAAGAUACGGAAUUGGCAACUUUCAGCCUCCACGAAAUUUAAUAGCGCGCAUGGACCCAGGAACGGGAGGCUGAAUUUUGAAGGAGAUGAUUAUAACACAGGGGGAUGGAUAGCUGGUGUACAUGAUACUGACCAGUGGUUCGAGAUUGAUCUGUUCAACUUUUCCACUAAAGUUACACAAGUGGCAACACAAGGGAGGGCGAAUUAUCCUCAGUGGGUUACCAGUUACAAGCUACAGUAUGGUGACGACGGAGUGAAUUUUGAGUACUACAAGGAGCAAGGAAAUGCAGCUGAUAAAGUAGGCUAA